CCUGUCACCCUGUUAUCCAUCCUCCCCAUUUUAUUUAAUAGGACACCCCACGACACUUACAUGGACGAGAAGACAAAAAGGUCAUGAAUUAUUCAUGACAGCAAAGUGUUUAAAAGAAUUACAGCUUUCAGCGCGGUUGUCAUUCACAAGCAGCACCAAGGGAUUGAUCAGCUGCUCUAACCGAACUGAUUUUUGAGUGUGAGAGCAGUGGAUACUAUAUUAGAAGCAAACUUCGAGGCUUCAUACCUGUAAACAUAAAGACUAUAUCGCAAGCGCCAUCUAACGUCUGCAAACGAUGUCAGAGACAAAGACAGAGAUUAAAACACGUGUGGAAGUUCCAAAUGAUGCUCAAAUAUUGACAAACGGAAACAGCCUGAACGGUGAACAUAAAAAAGUUCAAUGCAAUGGACUUACUCGAAAGAGGAAGAAUCAAUUUGGUGACCAUGACGACGACUACAUGACUGUGGAGACAUGGAGGAAGAGAUGGAGGAAAGGACAGACUAAAUUCCAUUUGGAGAAAGUACAUCCAAUACUUCAAAAGCAUUAUUCGUGGUUGACGAAAGAAGAAGAAAAGCAGCGUUUUUUCCUUCCACUUUGUGGAAAAAGCUUAGAUCUGAAAUGGCUCGUCGACAAAGGUCACGUUGUGGUCGGUAACGAAUGUUCCGCAGAGGGCGUCAAGCAGUUUUUUGAUGAACACGAUUUAGAGUACACAGUCGAGCCUAUAGAGGACAUUUCUGGCGACAUUCACCAGGCUAAAAACUUAGAUGUUACUAUAUAUUGCUGUGACUUUUUCCUAAUUACCCCAGAAAUAAUUGGUACUUUUGAUGCGGUGUGGGAUCGAGGCUCGUUGGCGGCCAUUCACCCAGAAGACAGGAAAAAGUAUGCCGACGUGUUUUUUCCAUUGUUAAAAAAAGAUGGUCGAUGCUUAUUAGAUUUGUUCCAAGUUGACCACGAGCACUUCGCUGGCCCACCACACACAUUCCCUCCGGAGGAACUACAGACCCUACUUGGGAAACAUUUACAGGUGGAAUUAGUGAACACACGUGACGCCCUCACCAGUUGGCAAAAGGAAUGGGGAGUUGCGUAUUUCAUUCAAAACGACUAUUACAUCACGCACAAGACGGAAGAAGUCCCGAACAAAGAAGAAUGUGAACACUGAAUCAUGGAAUUAUUUUAAAUAUUUGUCGCUGAAUUUGAGGCCAAUCUAGCAAGCAAAUGAAUGUUCUGAGAUUUAUUAAGUCACGAGAUAUAAGUCGACAGUUGCACAAAUAUUUAGCUUCUGCAACUUCUGGAGGAUUACCCCCUACAACUUUUGAAAUUACAAUUUGUUUGAUAGUCCGUGUAUGAAAGGGUGGUUGGUGUCAGGGUGAAAGAGGUUAAAUCUCCGAAACCAGUGAAAAUCACCUUCGCGAAAUGACUGAGUACGGUCUAUGAAAUCGAUCAAAUUUCACUACGAACAGCAAAACACACAACCGCGUCACGUUUUAUUGUGUUUAUUUCAUAUUUCCAUAUCGUUGUUGUUAUGUCGAUUCUGUCAUCACUUUUUGCUCAUCAAUUUUUUAUUAUUUUUGUACAGCCUUGCUAAAUCUUACUAAGCAUUCAAAGGAGAGAAUGUUUGUGCAUGUUUUCUAUAUUUUAAAACCGUUUUUUUGAGUUCCACUAUUCACUGAGUUGCCAAACUAUAAUAGUCGAGACAGUCUGGGUAAGAAAAAGAAAUCACUCCAUGUGCCCACGAAUCUGCAUCUAUACCUUAAACACAUUUAUAAUGACUUGUUUUAUAGUAUAACUCAAACAUUAUUUUCUAAUAUGUGUACAAACAACCAGGAUAUAACCAAUCUCCCAGUUCCGCCUUUCAGAGUCGUUUGUGAAUUAAUUCUGAGUACCUCAUCAAACCCUUCUUUGUGGUUCAUCCUCGUUCACAGUUAGUUAUGUCGCCAAAAUAUGCCUACCAAAUAAAUAAAUUAGUAAAUGUUUGAACUUGAAUACCGAUUUUUUAGUAGUCCGGGCUUACCGCAAUGACCAUGCUCUUUAUGAAUUGGUUGCGAACGAGCCUUCAAACUUGAUGACGUAAUCGAAAAAGAUAUCACGUGCACCAGAUACCAAUUAUCAGCUUACAAGCAGGUACAAUCGCUAUGCAUAUUAAUUGUUAUAAAACUUAUUUUCAAGGUGAAUAUUUUAUUCGAAAAUUACAGGUGUAAACAUUCUUUGUUUUAACUUGUAUUUAGUUUAUUUGUCAACGACUUUUACUUUCUAUAUUUCUGAGUUCAGUUGACCUUAAAAUUACAAAGUAUUUGUAUGAUGUACUAAUAAGAUUUAUCCAAGCCGUUUCUAGUAACGAUAUUGUGUUAUGAAUGUUAAUGAUAUGCUAAUAAGAUGCAACUAUAUGCCAAGCUAUUUCUAGUGCUGAUUUUAAUGAGAUGUUUCUAGAUGUCAGGCUAUUUUUAAUGAUAUUCAAUUUUUGUUCAAGUGGGUAACAUACAACUUUUUAUAUUCUCCCGUUCCCUCAAUGGACGUUUGUCCUUAUUUGGACCGGAAUGGAUGCCUUGCACAAAGCUUAUAUUAUACUAUUACGCCAGUUCAUAACGAUUAUGUUAAAGAUAUUUUUGUUCAUUCAAAGUAUGUUUUAUAUUGUUUUUCACGACACCAGCUGUUUCUUUGUAUUUGUAGCAGGAAAUCAGCCAAUGUAAUCGUUACCAUAGAUACGCGUAUUAUAAUCUGAUAGUUUUACACUGGAUCGAAUGUGUAGCCGCGGGAAAACAAAAGCCGGUAACUGUAACCGACAUUACGAAUUUAACAGUUUUCUGAAUUUUUCACGUUUUGAGUAAUAAAAUACAUGUCAGAAAUAGCUUA